AUGGGGGAAAAAAAUAGAUUCUUCAGUGGUAUAGGAGGAUUACACCUAUCAAUAAAAAACGCAGCUGAUUCAAUUAAUUCUAAAUCAGAUUAUUUCCAUUCUGAUAUAAAGAUUGAGGUUAUUAAAGCUUUUGAAAUAAAUGACUGUGCAAAUAUUACCUAUAAAAAAAAUUUCCCAGAUACAUUAAUAUGCAAUAAAAAUAUUGAAUCUUUAAAUUUACAUGAUAUCCCUUAUGCUGAUAUUUGGCUUCUUAGUCCUCCUUGUCAGCCUUUCACCAAAGGAGGUUCAAAAAAAGAUUCGGACGAUCCAAGAUCUAAACCAUUUUUAAAAUUAAUUGAAUUAAUGCCAUUAUUAGAAAGCCAUGAUAAACUUCCAAAGGCUUGGUUCGUUGAAAAUGUUGCAAACUUUGAAACAUCAAACACUCAUAAGAAAAUGAUGAAUAUGCUCUCAAAGUUAAAUUUUUGUACAUUUGAGUUUAUGUUAUCACCAACUUUGAUUGGAGUUCCAAACACCAGAGUCAGAUAUUACUGUGUUUCUUUCAGAAAAGAUUCAGAUGAUUCAAUCAAACAACUAAAUGAAUUAAAAAAGUCAAUUUAUGAAAAAAAUUAUCAGUCCAUAGCAAACAAUGUGCUUUCAUCCCAUCCAAUAAGGGAAAAUAUAAAAAAUUCCCAAAUGCAAGAAAUUCCCACAGAAUAUUCAAAUAUACUAUGUUCUCUUCCUUACGAAUACAAGCAAAUAAUCCAAAUGAUGAAUAAUAUACCAAGUUCAAUAAAUGAUAUAAUAAUGAAUUCAAACAAAAUCGAUGAUGAAAGUUUUAAAUUACUCAAACAAUUUGCUAAUAAUAUUGUAAAAAACAACCCUUCCUUUAAAUUUGAUAUAGUUAAUAUUAAUUCCAAAGCUUCAACCACAUUUACUAAAAGUUAUAUAGAAACCCAGGGUCGUGGUGGUCCUUUAUUUGAUUAUUCUGAAAACCACCAAAAAAGUGAAAAAAGUAUUAUUGAUUAUGAUAUUUAUAACCAUAUAUUCAAUACUUGUACUUUAGAACAUCAAAGAUUCCAAAAUGCUCAAAACAAAAAUAAUUUGAGAUGUUUUCACCCACAAGAAAUACUUUUAAUUAUGGGGUUCCCUGAUAAUUGGUUUGAAAAUAUCAACAUCAAUAUUAAAAAAAAAUACUCGCUUAUUGGGAAUAGUAUUUCCGUCCAUAUUGUAACAAUACUUCUCCAUUUCAUGCUGGAAUUAUUAAUUAAUUGA